AUGCUUGUCAAAUCAAAAUCUGCCAUUCCCCUCUUCAUAUUUCUAGCCAUUGUGCUCCUCUUCCUCCCUUGCGCAGCCAUCCUCUUGAUAUGCCUCCGUCAGAGACGUGGAAGAAGAAGCGAUGAGAAAUCGAGGAACGAAGCCAUAGAGUCCGUGGCCAAGAGCAUGCCGAAUUGGACACCAUGGAUCGAGCUGGGCAACGUUGCAGCGCCCCCACCAGUGGCAUCAAUCCGUCCGAUCCGGUCUCUGCAGACCAAGAAGAACGCACGUUUUCCCAGGCUGCACAGUGGCGGUUCUAGUGUCGACAAUGCGUCCGAACAUCACCCUACCAAGAUCGCUGCUCCAAAGCCAACCAGGGCCGGCAAGAGAUACAGCGUUCAGGUGCAGAACAUGGAGCAUCUGGCCGCAGAGCAAUCACCAAACCCAUUCGGGGAUGCCCCGACCUCUCAGACAUCACCGCACACUGCCCGCUACGACCUCCAAGCGGCACUGGUGAUGGAGCAAAGCUCCGCGGGAGUGGGAAGGGCUGGGGAGAGAUCAGCCUCCAUCAACGACGCACCAAGGGUGAAGAGCCAGAUUGUGAGGCCAGAGCACGCCGCAGCGGCACGUGAGGGGAGGCCCUUUCCGCCAACGCCGAGCGUCCCUGCGGCGUGCUAUGCGUCGGGACAGGCGCCGAGGGGAUGGGUGUAA